GGGUCGUGUUUUAGUCUUGACAAGAUGGCGUAUGCGGUUGUUUUGCCGCAGGGACACUAAACAAAUCAUACAGUUUCUCGUGUAAAUUCGUUGUCAUUGCGGUUAGCAUAACUGUUAAAAAGUGUUUUAUUAGGCGCGCAAAGCCAGAGGACAUCUAACAUGAAAGGGAAAGAGCGGUCGCCGGUGAAAAAGCGUUCAAGGGCCUUGGAUGAUAUACGAGACAGGGGAGGAAGCCAUCCGACCAGUAAGAAAAUGGGGGUUAUCUCGAUCUCUGGCGGUGGAAGCAACAACGGCAGCACUUCGUCUAAAAGCGAAGGGGGUUCUGCACGACGGGGGCUGAUCGGGGAUAAAAGAGACGGACGGGAUUUUGACGGACAUGUCUCCAGUCGGACUGGAAAUAACCACGGUUACACCAGCCCUGUGGCGAGCUCGAGCGGCAAGAAUCACGCCUCGAGCCUGUCCUUAGAGGCGGCCGCGCGCACCAACUCGCGCGGAGAGUCGCGCGCCCCACUUCCCACAAACGAAAGUGAGUACAAAACUUUAAAAAUCAGCGAGCUCGGCUCCCAGCUGAGCGACGAGGAAAUCGAGGACGGCCUCUUUCACGAAUUCAAAAAGUUUGGCGACGUGAGUGUUAAAAUCAGCCGAGUCAACGACGAGAGAAUCGCAUUCGUCAACUUUAGGAGACCGGAUGAUGCCAGAGCGGCGAAGCACGCGCGAGGCCGGCUGGUGCUCUACGACCGUCCUUUGAAAAUUGAGGCGGUCUACUUGAAUAGGAGGAGAAGUCGAUCUCCUGUAGAUAAGGACCAUUUCUCUGUCGUUGCAGGCCACAGACAUUUGCAUACCCAGAGGCCGCUCUCUCCAACCGGUCUGGGUUACAGAGACUACCGGUUACAGCAGCUAGCGCUGGGUCGGCUUCCUCCUCCCCCACCCCCGCCGUUACCGAGAGAGCUUGAAAGAGAAAGAGAGUUCGCCUUUUAUGAAGCCAGGGCCCGGCCUGCGUACAUCGCGGAGCGGGCCGCACCUUUCCGCGAGGAGGACUUUAUCUCUCCCGAGGAUGACCAGAGAGCCAACCGCACACUGUUUCUGGGUAAUUUGGAUAUUACUGUGACUGAAAAUGACUUGAGGAGAGCUUUUGAACGAUUUGGGACCAUCACAGAGGUGGACAUUAAAAGACCCUCUCGGGGCCAGAGCAGCACCUAUGGCUUUCUUAAAUUUGAAAACUUGGACAUGGCCCAUAGAGCAAAAAUGAGCAUGUCUGGGAAAGUUGUGGGCCGAAACCCCAUAAAAAUUGGCUAUGGCAAAGCCACCCCCACCACACGCCUGUGGGUGGGCGGUCUUGGACCUUGGGUGCCUCUGACUGCGCUAGCCAGGGAGUUUGACCGCUUUGGCACUAUCAGGACUAUAGACUACAGAAAAGGAGACACCUGGGCUUAUAUUCAGUAUGAAAGCCUGGAUGCCGCUCAGGCGGCCUGCACACACAUGCGUGGAUUUCCUCUCGGCGGUCCCGACAGGAGGCUGAGGGUGGACUUUGCUGACACGGAGCACCGCUACCAGCAGCAGUUCUUGCAGCCCCUCCCUUUGCAACACUAUGAAAUUGUGGCUGAGUCUUUCGUUCAUCGUGCCACCCCCGAGGCCAUAAGGGUCCGAGAACGGACUCCCCCACCCCUGCACUUCAGAGAACGAGAACUGUAUGCCGGGGCUGAAUGGCCUGUGCCUGCCAUCCGUGAACGUGUACGAACUCCUGCCUUCGAGCCCCUUGAACACUUGGAGCGCGAGCGGCGGCGAGAGGCCUGGUCACUGGAGCGGGAGCUGCCGGGGAGGGACGCUGCACGCAAGCGGCGGCUCAUGGAGGACGGGAGACAUCUAGAGUGUUCACCUGACAGCAGCAGCGAGUGGGCGGCCCGACGUCGCAGACCGCCAUCCCUUGAGGGCAGCCCUGGAGAAAACAGUCGAGAUGGACGAUUCAGCGACCCAGAGCGGCCGGCGAGAGCAGACCGCGUGUCCCCUGUUCGAGAGAGCCGCAGCAGCCUUGACCGAGGCCUUGGUGAAAAGCGCAUUAAAAACAGCAGUCUCUUAGAGUCCAGUGUCAGCGUGAGCCCUGCGGAGAGAAAACGCAAAGCAGGCGAUUCAGGCAAAGGUGCCUCCAAAAGGGACCGAUCAGAGAACAGCUCCAAAAGCAGCCAGGCUUCAAAGCAGGACGCAGGGGGCAAGCUGAGCAUGCCCUGGAAUGGCAUGCUGCUCCUAAAAAACAGUAACUUCCCAGCCAGCAUGCACCUUCUGGAGGGGGACCUGAACGUCGCCAACAGUCUCCUCAUCGACGGCAGCACGGGAGGUAAAGUCACACAGCUCCGCAUUACACAACGCCUUCGCCUCGACCAGCCCAAGAUCGACGAAGUGUCUCGGCGCAUCAAAGUCGCAGGCCCCGGAGGGUAUGCGGUUCUACUGGCGGUUCCCGGCAGCUCUGAGGAGGCUUCAUCUUCGGACCCAGCAGCGUCAACGCAGAGGCCCCUGCGCAACUUAGUUUCGUACCUGAAGCAAAAGCAGGCCGCUGGGGUCAUCAGUUUACCUGUCGGGGGGAGUAGAGAUAAGGACAACACUGGGGUCCUGCACGCAUUUCCACCAUGUGAUUUCUCACAGCAGUUCUUAGAUUCUUCUGCGAAAGCUCUUGCCAAAACGGAAGAGGACUUCCUGGUCAUGAUCAUUGUGCGAGGAGCAUCUUAACAAUCAUAAUGCACACAAGUGUUGCUAAAUGCCAGCAGCUCUAAAUGUCUCUUAAUUGCAUGCUCUCUCUAAAGCAGGGCAAAUGUUACCUGCUCUGCCAAACGUAAAAAAGAAAAAUAUAGAGAGAGAAAAAGGCCCAUUCUUAUAGUAAAGUUUAGUGCUAUAGCAAUAUAUUUGUUUUCAUUUGCAAUUUAUUCAGAGGUUUAGUUUGUGAUAAGUUGCACCCUGCAUAAAAGAAAGAAUGAUAUUGGGAAUAUUAGAAUAGGAAUUUAAUUUGCUAUUGGUCACUAAACGCUGUCUAGUUUCAACACUUCCUAUCAACAUGUAUUUCAGUCAGAUUCCAGACAGUCAUCCCUGUACAAAAUCCUUUUUGUGAAUGUUUAUUUUGUUCAUGUUCAUGAUUGUCAAUUAAUCUGAUUUAAUUGGAACCUGGUUUAUGUGUCUUGAUGCUUUGAACAAUCAUUCAGUAAUGGGGAGUGUAAUAUAGGUAUAUAGUCCUGUAGGCCACUAAAACAGGCAGAAUAUUUUGCUCCGUGAACUGCAUGUUGAUGCUAGUGUUGUACAGUAAGUGGUUUAAUAUAUGUAGCCAGAAAUGUCAUCAGUGUUAUAUUGAUUGAUACAGGCUGCAUUUUUAACACCCUUUUAUCACAUUAAAAAUAAUUUGUGAACAUAUUUUGAUUUAUAAAUGUAUAUAUUUCUAAGCCCCCCUUAGACCAAAGCAUAACAUCAAGCUUUCAGUUUGUUUAAAAAUGAAAAAGGUGUUCUGACAUACUGUUUUCAUAUUUUUGGGUUACAUUUGAAAGGUUUUGAAUGAAGCAUAAUUCUGAUUUCAAAGUGGGAAUAGAGUGAAAUGUCUUUGUUUAAAUUAUAAUGGGUCUCAGAUAAUUCAUGUUUUUGCAUAAGGUGGUUUUAAUUAACCCCCCCUACCUAUAGGACUAUCAUAAUUUCCCAGGUAAAUUCUAUUUACAGUGAUAUUGUUAAUAAUGGGAUUCUUAUGAAGGUCUCUUUAUAAAGCUAAAGAAAAGAGGUGCAUAUACAGUACAGACUUUUCCAUUCAUCAAUUUAAAGUGCAUGUGUCCUAUAAUGUGAUAUUUUCAUAAUCACCCGUAAAUGGCUAGAUAUGCCAUGUUGAUAGCACUAAGAAAUUAAGGUGUAUAACAGAUAUAUAUAAAAAAAUCAAGCCCACGUAUUUGUACAAAAAAAAAGAGACUUGAUGCCCUAAAGAGCUGUUUCCUGUGCAACUGUAAGACAGUCAUACGUUUUAUUUCAUUGACAUACCUUUAGUUCACAAUAUAGACGUACAUUUGAGUAUGUUUUUAGUUUGAAAUGUUACACAAUGUUGUGGUUCUUCGGUGUCAUUGUUUGAAUGGUUUUAAAAUGGCAGUCUACACUUUUCCCUAAAAUCCUGAACAAGUAUAAAUUUGUGUUCUUAGUCUGUUUAGCAAUGCAGUGUACUGAUCUGAUGCAUAACUAACAUCUUUUCAUGUAAGACGUUUCUAUUCACACUAAAUAGUGUUUUAAAAGUUGAUUUGCUUGGUGAUAUUACAACAUAACAGCUGUUUGUGUACAUGAAUAAAUGGACAUACUGUACGGGACAGGACAGGAAAUGGACCGUUCCACAAGUGGACUUCACAUGGCUGGAAACAAAUGAUUGUUUGAAAUGAUUCUGGAGCCCUUUGGAUGCACAGGGGCAAGAGCUUUCCAUUUAGUGUUAGUGUAUAUCACUGAGAGCAUCUUCCUGCUUGUGUAAUUGUUUUUUUUUUUUUUUUUUUUGUGCUUACAGUUCCCGUAUUUAAACGGAAAUAAUGACACUCUUGAUUUGUGCUGUGUUUACCUAAUUUCUUGAUUGGGGGAGAAAGAGGAAGCGGUCACUCACUCCUUGCACAGCUUCUGACGUGGCUGUUUGUACACACACACUGGCCCCUCAUUUGAUUAUAUCACGCUAUCAAUAAAUUGAUUCAUUUGAGGGAGAAAAUGUUUAUUCGUUGGAAAUCAAUUGAAGAACGCCUGCCGCUGCUUUUUUCGGUUGUGUUUCGGGAGGAAUUGUUGCUCGAUUGCUUGUUUCUGCUCAGGAAAGAGAAAUUCUCCUCCGGGAUCAGUCACGGCAGUGAGAGCGAAGGGAGAGAGAGGCUCAAUGUUAUUGUUGAUCUGUGUUUUCCACCCCUUGUGUCCUGGAGUUGCCCCACAUGCUAAGUAACCCGAGGGUGCUGAUGCCCCCAACCCUCAAACAGAUCAGGGAGAAGGGGGCCGUUCUGCUGAGCUUUGAGAUGAUGUUUGCGCAGACCUUCACCUAAACUGAAAUCUUUCCAUUCUCCCAGGCUGUAUGUGUCCUUCAUCUGGAAGUAUCCAGGCUUGCUGUAACCAGUCCGGCCGUACUAUGCAUUGCCAGCAUGAACCUCAAAUCAGUGCUUUCCAGUUCAGAGGAGCAGGGGUUUGUUUGUCCCAUCCUUUGAUUUCAUCCGAUAUGAUUUUGUUUGGCUCCAUUGAAAAUCAGUGAAGGAAGAGGAUUUAGAAAAGCCAAAAGCGUCUUAGCCUUUAACUCGAAUCGAGUUUUGAUAGUUUCUUAAGCGUUUAUUUUCCUGAUUGUGAAAACGGUGAUCGGUACGUGGUAAAUUGACCCUUCGUUGUGAAGGACCCCUGAAAGAAAACAUGCUGCCCGUGUGAACUCCACCCAGAGUAAUCCUGGAGUUCGCUUGCCAGGAGCCUCAUCAGGAGGAAGAAACUGAACUUCCCUUAGUAAGAUGUCCGGUCAGCUGCAUCACCUCACCAGCAGCUCGUUCAGGCCUCUGACGCCAGGAUCGAGACCAGUCCUCUGGGGUGGCUGGUGAGUAAGGGAGUAUUUGCUUUAAACCAGGUCUGUAGACUUUAGAAGUCUUCCUGGUGCAGGUAAGUGUCAGUUAAGCAAAUACUUUAGAACAUUUGCCAUUGGUUGUAACUCCGACAUCUUGGUCUAUCGCUCCCAAAAUCAUAUUUAUUUGUUUAUUCUGGGGAAAUGAAGAAAAAUGCAGAAAUAUAUGUAAUAUUUUAGGUAGGAGAUUAUUGUGCUUUGGGAUGUUACACACAGGAAUUGAAAACUGAUAAAAUUCUAUAAAUAUUACAUUAUUUCUGCACUAUCGUGUUGUUCUAAACCAUUAUGUAUUUCCUCUGUGGAACGAACAAGAUAUUUUGAAAAAAUGUUUUUCUUUUCUUUGUGUUUUUUUAUUUUUAUUUUUUUAUUUCGCAAAUAUAGUUGAAACAUUCUUCAAAAUAUAUUUUUGUUUUCCACAGAGGAAAGACAUUUGUUUGGAAUGACUUGAGGGUUAGCAAAUGAUGAUAGAAUUAAAUUUUUUGGGGGAAACUGUAUAUUAAAAUGUAUUGUAUUUUUAAAUUCAGGUAAAUUAAUAACUUGCCUAUUAUUCACAGAAACACAUUCAAACACUUGUGACAGUAAACAACCCCAAAACAUUAAACCAAUAAAAAUAAGCUCAUGGUUUUUUAUGUUAAUUUUGAUUAUGAAAUAUUUUUGAUAACUUUUACUAGAUCUAAAACAACUAAAUGUACAAUUUAAAUAGAAAAUUCAACACAAUCUCUUAAUUAGUGAAAUAAUUAAAGCUUCACUACAUUUACUUUUAGCCUUCUAAUCCUAACGGUUCAUUUGCUUAUGAAUUCUAAUGUUAAUUUGAAUUGUAACUUUGUAACAAGUUACAUUGUGAUGAUUUCUUAAAACAUUAGGAACAUAACUAUGACUGUCACUGUUAGGGUUUCAUGGGUUUCUACAGAAUUGUCUCAGCAUUUAUUUUUUAUCUUUAUAGAAAUGAUAUAAACAACUAAAUUACUAGAUUACUAUAGAAAGUCAUGGAGCUGAUCAUCUGCGCUAAACCUCAUUGAUUAUAGACAGCCAGAACAAAGGGCUUAUUGUGGGAGGUUGUGUUGAAUUCCCUAGUUUUAAUUAUGUUAAACAUUACAUAAGGUUCUUUGAUUACAUAAGGUUCUUUUCAUAUUUUUUUCCCCUCCAUAGGACUUUUAUAAUUAAUUCCCCAUUACUCUGAUAUUGUUAAUACGGUUAUACUGUGAAUGUCACUUUAUAAAAAUUAAGACAAACAAUAAUUGUCUAUAAGUGAUAAAAAACUUUAUACCUCAGGGAAUAAGAGUUAAUUUUAUAAUUAUGUUUCUGAAAUGAGACAUCCUUGAAGAACUGAGAGGUAGCUGACAAAUGCGGCCUCAUGAGGGCGCAGCCCUUGAAAUGUGACAGCUUUGGUCAGGAGCACAGAUGUGGCACAUAGUUUGACCGAAAUCUGUUCUCUGCAGAACGGUUUGGGAACUGGCUAACAUGAAAAUCCAUUUGCAUUAACUCGUAUAACAGAAACAGCUGUGAUAAUUCAUUUCUGUAACUUCAUUUUCAGUUACGCAUAAUGAUAAUAAUAAUCAGAUGUCUCAGUCCAGGGCACUCAGCUGUGCUCUCUAAUGUUUUCUCCUGUAUCUUCACCACAGUUCUGACUGACUGGCUUGUCUUCAGAUGCUAUGGAGUGGGCCUGGUAACUUGGUAACCGGUAACCCUCAAGCCCCUCCCCUGGCCUCAUUUACAUAAUCUCUUUGUGUAGUUCAGGCACUGUUCCCUUCCCACUUCUCCAAGUAAUGAAAAGAGCAUAUUAAGUCUGACAGUCCAAAACAUUAGCUCAUUGUUCCUGAUUGUAGCUUAGUUCUCUGCAUAAGCUACCACAUGAUGACUAUAAACUAUUUCAGGCCUCACAAUAGGCUUUCAACCCUCUGAUCUUACUAUAAAUGUGUUCAUUACUCAUUUUCAACUCAGUCAACUCACUUGACUGAAUGCAGUCAGAGUUUUCUCUAUAAAGAGUUUAUUCUGAACGGUUAUAGCUUAUAAAGGAAACUGAUGAUUGUUAAAACUCAGAAAUCUGUUUAGAACUGUCAGUCAUUGAAGUUAUAGGUGACCCAUCUGCUCUCUUUUAUCACCAACGGCCACUAUUGUGAGAAUAUUUGCUGUCAUUUUUUAACCGAUGUCAUGAUCUGAAUCUUGUUUCAGGUGGACAGAUGUGAGUAUCUGCUGAGUAAUGAACACACACGGCUGUCUUCAGAUGAAACCAGGACGGUUUGUUAUUGAUUAGAAGCCUUUGUUUCCUACAGCUGAACAGGCAUAUUCAAUUAUUCAUUUGUUAUGUAUGUGAGGUUUUCUACACAUUAUUAUAUGCUGUUCAUGGUUGCAUUUUAGGUAUCUAUUCAUCAGUGAUUAAAUAUGAAAACAGUGCAGUGCAUCUCAUCUCGGCUCACAUUUCUGUAAGUACCAGCUCUAUUUUUUUUUUUUUUUUUUGCAAGUAAUUUUGUUCAAAUAGUUUAGAAUCAUGAUUUCUUGUAAUACAUUUAUAUAUUUAACCAUUGUUGUGUGCUACAUACAGUGUUCUCAAUAAAGAUGAUCUUUUACACUG